AUGCCCACCGCAAGUUCUUCUCGCCUCUCACGGCGACAGCAAAGAGCUCCGUCCUCCGACAUCGAAGAAGACGGCCCCAGUCAAGCGCCUGUGCCACAGGAAGACGUAGAUAUGGACGAAGAGCAGGAAGAGCAGCCGCGGCGCUCCAAGAAGGGCGUCAAGAAAGAGAAGAAACGCAAGCAGCAAGACUCCGAUGAAGAGGAAGUGGUCGAGGAGGAGGAAGAGGACGUCCCCAUCCCCGAGCUCGGAGAUCACCCCCUUGACAAGAAUCAAGCACCGAGGAUACACGGCAUGUCUACGGACUGGGGCAUCUUGCGCGACAAGGUGCAUCAGGUGGGCUACGGCUUCACCAGGGAGAUCGCGGCGUCUGUGGCCGAGUUUACUGAGGGAGAGAAAGGCGAGAAAGCCUUGGGGCAAAUCGAUACGCUCAUGCGUGAGCUUCUGGAUACUGAGUUUGAGCUCACUGCCCAUGAGAAAGUGCUGGACGACAUGCACCAGAAGCUUCUUAAGAACGAGAAGAUUGAGGGCGUCUCGGAUAUGUACGGGAAGGGCGUUCAGGAAAUGCUCGAGGAGUACAAGCACAAAACUGCGCGGCAGAAGUAUGCGAAGAGCGACCACUACCAGAAGUUCAAGCAAGCGAUCCACGAGGUGCAACAUCCGGACGCUGCGCUACCGCCUUUGACGGAUCUCAUCCCGACCGAGGACGGAGAUGACAGCGACGACGAUGACGACGUACAGAUCGGUGGUGUCACUCAAGACUACAAGUGUCCGCUCUCCCUGACCAUCCUGGUGGACCCAUUGACCUCAAAACUCUGUGGACACUCGUAUUCCGCUGCCGCCAUCAAAGAAUAUCUGGGGUACCCACGGAGUAACAGGAAGGAAUGCCCGGCGACUGGCUGCAAGAAGGAGAUCUCCAUGGCAAACCUGGAGCCUGAUAAGGACCUCGCCAAGCGUGCGAAGGAGGCAGCGCGCCGCGAGCGCGCAAAGGAGGACGACAGCGGCGAUGAGGAAGUCAUCGAGUGAUCAAGACUCCCGCUUGGUCUAUAUCUCCUACAGGGACACUGCUCUGUGCUUAACUGCUGCGUCUGUGCUUACAUCGUACUGUACUUUUCUAAUAGUAUAUUACAUCCGCGAAUGCGAUCGCU